AUGUCAACCGCGCGGACACCGAUCAAAAACGUGGCCGAAGAUAAAUCGGCAAAUGGAGAGAAAAAUACCGAUCCUGCAAGCUCCAAUCCCGAAAAGGACCCGAAGACAAAAGUGUACACCCCGUCUUGCUCGACAUCGAGACAAAAGGUCGAAGAGUUGAGUCGAUCCAGCGAGGCCAGCGAAACGACAUCCGAAGACGAAAGCCCUACGAGCGAGCCAACAACUCCAGAAUUCAAUCUCAAAGGAGCGUCUGGCGAACAGCUACUCGCAUGCAUGUCGGCGAUUCGGCAAAGACUACAAGAGAUGUCUUUCUGCCCGAUGCCGUAUCCGACCUUCAAUGGAACCGGAGACGCAGCAGCAUGGCUACGGAGCUACAAGAAAGCGGCGAACUUCAACAAAAUAUCGACGGAUGAUAAGCUAGACCGUGUCGGAGCGUCUCUAGAAGGUGACGCCAGUGCCUGGUAUCACAGAACGGGCUGGCACGCAACCUCAUGGGAAGAGUUCGAAGUAGAGUUCAAAAGGAGAUUCAUCGACGAAAAAGCUAUUCGGAACCGAGCCCGGAAACAAUUGGCAACCAUGACGAAAGACCCGGACAUGAAAUAUGUCCACCAUUUGAGUCACGUGCUGGAAUGUUGCUACGAGAUUGAUCCAGAAAUGUCGCACGAAAAUAUCAUCGAGAAGUGUCUGAAGACACUAUCACAUGAGGACAUUCGCUCAUUCGCAGCAGCACAGCCCAA